GAAAUGUCUGUGCCUCGUGAAGGCCCGUUAUUAUGAGUGAACCAUAAUGUUUGGUAAGGUCGAAGGCGGUAGGUAGGGGAAAAAAGGAAGACCACAUUAUAGCUGGAUAGCCCUGACAUAACGGGGUGCGUCUACACUGCAGCACAAACGCGGGUCGACACCACUUUGACUGCCAUUGCUCAAGGCUAUGGGAAUCCUUGUCGAACUACAAGGCCUCUGCCAGUUAUUGAAAACAGAAUGCCGAGUAACAAAAAAACCACAGAUAUCAAGACUGAAAAGAAAAAGAAAAAAAUGAAACCUCUCAUGCCAGGAAAGGAAAAGGUGAAGAAAUCGAAGCAUAUCAUGUCAGAGGAGGAUCAACAGGCUCAUGAACCUAAGAUGAAAAAACAAAAAAUGGAGAAAAAGGAAGAGAAAGACCAAGAUCUUUCACCAGAGGAGAAGAGGAUACUGGAACGAAAGCUGAAAAAAGAGCGCAAGAAGGAGGAAAAGAGGUUAAUGCGAGAAGCGGGGGUCAUCGCCAAGAAGGAAGUGCCUAAGAAACCCUCGGGUUCAGAAUUGGCAUUGAACUACUUAACUUGCUGGUCCAAAAACCCCAAAGAAUGGAAAUUUCAGAAGACGAGGCAAACAUGGCUCCUGUCACACAUGUAUGACAAAGAAAAGGUCCCCGAUAAGUAUUUUUCCAUUUUGCUGCGGUACCUUGAAGGGCUCCAAGGAAACGCUCGAGACACAACUGUACAGAAAGCGGAAGCUUUGAUGAAGGAAUAUGACAAGUCUGAAACAGAGGAUUCUGUCCCUUUGGAGACAUGUGAGCGCCUUCGGAAAGUUCUUCAGCUGUUGUCAUGAAACCCUUUCAUCCUGUCAGGCUUUCCCUGGGAUCCAUGUAUCUGCAUAAUGUUAUGUAUGGGAACAGCGCCUUUGCUGUACUUCUUUAAAAUUCAGUCGCAACGUUCAGCUUUAGUCAAAAUGAUGUUUUUAAUCUUCGUCCUCCCGUUCUGAAAGCAGAUCUCUCUCCCAAGGCACUGCAAAUUCAACUAAAAUGGCCAGUAUUAAAUCCAAUAACACUUGGACUCAGACCUCGUCUUUUAGGAAUAUUUUUAACCUACUCCUGUGCAAUUUUUAUAAGGAUUCUCACUUGUUUAUGGCAUUCUUCCCUGCCCAAAAUAGUCUUAAACCAAAGCUAGCUGGCAUCUUUCAAUACUUGUGCCUGCUUUGGUUUGUUAAUCGCUGGUUUCAUCAUUUACUCAUCCUUCGCACAUACGGAGCAGAAGCUAAAGCUUUGUAAACACUUUAUGUUGUUCUGUCUUCAUUUUAUUUCAGAGGAAUAAGAACUAACUAAACCAUGGGCUCUUCAAUGCCAUUCUGCUCCAUCCCCGACCUUCCUAUUAUCCUCACAUGAUUGUUUUCCAGUUCAAUAAAUAUUUCUUCAACGGU